CCUUCAGUUCUCUUCGUUAAGCUUAUUAUCUUCUAUCACGCAGGCUUUGAAAUUUAACCUGAGUUGAUUGCUCGGGAACUAACAACUGCGCUGGCCGUAGAAUUAUUCUAAUAAUUCCAAAGAAGGGCUUCAAUUAUGUCUCCUCAGAACAAGACACAGGCCAAUCAACAUGGAGAGUCCGAGGCUUCAUCUCUGUUGGCUCCAGCCGCUGUCAACAGAACCGACUCUUCAUCAGAAACAUCCUCGGAAACAAACCAAGACUCCGACUCAACGUUCUUGGAAAAACUUCAAAACUUCUACUCCCGCAACAUCGGCCUCUUUUACGUCCUAGUCGCCCAACUAUUUGCUUCCAUCAUGUCUAUGACAACGCGGCUGCUUGAAACGGGGUUUGAGACAAAGUUUCACGCUUUGCAGAUCAUAUUUGUUCGAAUGUUGGCUACUGCGCUGAUUGGGUCUGUUUAUAUGUGGUGUAAAAAAGUACCGAAUUUCCCUUUGGGGCCGAAAGAGGUGAGAGGGUUGUUGAUAUUGAGAGGUUUUGCUGGAUCGGCUGGGCUUUUGGGACUUUAUUAUUCGCUGUCGUAUCUUGACAUAUCUGAUGCGACGGUCAUCACUUUCCUUGUUCCUACUCUCACUGCCUUCAUUGCAUGGGUCGCACUGCGCGAACCAUUCACCAUCAAGGAAGCAACCGCAGGUCUCAUCGCCUUCACAGGCGUUCUCUUCGUCGCCCGCCCAGCCUUCCUCUUCCCCGGAAGCUGGCGAACAUUAUCGGAAUUGGAAUCUCGUUCUGUAGACCCAGAUUUCUCGACCGAUGGCGGUAUCCUUCCACCAGUAAAGGCAACACCACAAGAACGCACCAUCGCUAUUCUUUGUGCCAUUUUUGGUUCUUUUGCUGCAGCGACGGCUUAUGCAACUAUUCGUGUGAUUGGCAAGCGAGCUCACUCACUUGUCAGUGUCAACUAUUUUGCUGUGCUUGCGACUGUUAGCUCGUUCCUGAUCAUCAUGAUCCACCCUGAUCUUCAAUUUGAGAUUCCGAAGACUGUCGCUGAAUGGUGCCUACUUCUAUCAAUUGGUAUCUCGGGUUUUCUGCUCCAGCUGCUCCUCACCGAAGGUCUUCAGAGAGAGAAAGCUGGUCGAGCGACCAAUCUAAUUUACGUCCAGAUGGUGUUUGCUCUAAUCAUCGAGCGUAUCGUGUGGGGAACUACCCCUCCCAUCACGAGCUUUAUUGGCAGUGCUUUGAUCAUUGGUUCAGCUAUUUGGGUCAGCUUGCAGAAGAAAGCUCCCGCGGAACCAAGACCACUACUUGACGAGGAGAGAAGACAGCAAUAGUGGGAGUAGAUUGCUACCUCGUCUAUUGGUGGGCAUGACAUUCGAGGCUUUGAUAGGAAAAGUAACUUUCCGUGGCGCGUGGGCAGAUCGAACAUACACGAAAAAAGGACUCGGGAUCCGUCGUUUUGGUAGCUGUUGGUAAUGCAUAUAAAAGCCAGUUGUGGGCUUGCAAUCUGGAUAAUUCAUGUACAAACUAAUCACAUCAUAUAUACAACAGGUUUUUAUUUGUCAACUAUGAAUCAAUAUCUUGCCUAAGCC